UUUUUUUUCAAACACUCGAGAGAGAGAGAGAGUCGAAGACUAAAAUCGCCAACUGUGUCAGUGUGGGAAGGAAGUAAAAGACGGUUUUUGGAAUUGCAUCAAGCACCAAUCUUGAUUAAAGCAGUAUCAAUGAGUGGUAACACUCUCUGGACUUACCCAUCUCCUCUUGCAACUUAUGAGCAAGUCGUGGCUGACAAGGAUCUCUUCAUGUCUACAUUGUCCAACUUACACUCUCAAAUGGGUACAAAAUUUUGGAUUCCGAAGGUAAGAUUUGAGGAUAUGGACUUGCAUAAGGUUUUUUGCAAGGUUACUUCACGUGGUGGAAUCGAACAGAUAGUUAGAGAACAGAAAUGGAAGGAUGUAUUUGAUACGUUUAACUUCCCCAAAUCACAACGAAACCCCAUCUUUAUCCUACAUGUGCGCAGACUCUACUACUCGCUACUUCACAACUACGAGAUCAUCUACUUCUUCAAAGCUCGUGGCCUGUUUCCUCCAUUGACCGGAUUUGUGUAUGGAAAAAAUGAGAGUGGUUAUCUUGUUACUUUCACAAUGGGAUCAUGGAAGCUGGAAGGAGUUUUGUAUGAGUCUACAGAGAAGAGAGUUACUCAAGAUUUACAGAUACAGAGCUAUGAUAUUUUCCCCAACACUUUGACUGAUAAAGCCAACCCUCAAGAGCUUUUUAAAUCAAAACGCAUUCAGUGGGACAAAGCCAUUAAACAGAAGAAAAUAGAGAUUAUUAUCGAUUCUUUGCCGCUGCAACAAUGGCCUCCCAAGGAGAACACUGAAGCUGAUGUUCUAAUGGAUGAAUCGGAGGAAAAUGAAGAUGAGGAAUACUAUUCUGAUUCCGAAGUGGAAGAUCUGUCUCUUUGGGCUGAGCAAACGACUCAUAUGGAGAAAGCCAGUGACUUGAUGGUGGCCGUUCCUGUGACUGGAGUUUUGGAUGGAAUAUUUGACAGUGGUUAUUUUGUUACUGUCACAAUUGGAACAGAGAAGCUGCAAGGAGUUCUGUAUCCCCAGUCUCCUCCACUCAACACAGUUAGUCAAGAGAAGCUCAAUGCAGAGGAAAAAGCGGUUAACAAAGGGAUGGAAGUAGUGGGUGACAAAGCGCCCUGUAGCAGAGAAAAUGGAAGAUCACAACCAAGCCCUCUUUGAAGAUGACUUGAUGGGGACGUCUCAGAUGGAUCAUCACUGAUGACAACCAUGAGAAGCUCAGUUGGAACAGUUUUGCUUGUACUAUUUUCCUUAUAGUACAUAUGGUUUUGUAACAUGAUAUAGCUUUAGAUAGGUUACUUCUAGCACAAUACACAUUUAGGCUUUAGGGUUUGUUGUAGCGUUUCAAUUUUGUUCCUUUUAACCGAGCUA